AUGAACAAUUACUACCCAUACGGGUACUCGCCGUACCCGGGGCAAGCACCUGCGCAGCAGCAGCCCUACUUCCCAACCAUGCCGCCCUUUCCUCCCCCAGCGGCAGCCUAUGCUCCGCACACAAACACCUUUGACACCCGUCCUCAAGCACCAGAGUCAUACGAUCAGAGCCAAAUAAUGAUCCCCGGCCUUGGCUAUAGCCAUUCUCAAGGCUUCGGUUGGCCUCAGCCGCAGCCACCACAGCAGCAACAGCAACAACAGGCGGCGCCUCAGGUUCCUUACCAGCAAUCGUGGCAGCCUCCGCGCGAGGGACCCAACCUCAUUCCAGCAGCGCAGUAUUACCAGUCGGGCGAUACGCCCAAGUCUCAGGCACCCAUGGCCUCGGGGGCACUUCCGCCUACUGCGCCUAAGGCCCUUGCUAAAUCGACGAGCGACGAUGCUGAAGAGGGCGAGCUGAGCGACGGCGAACUUGACGAUGUCUACGAACCGCAAGAGAAUUCUCCCGAUACCAGUGCCCGACGUCCUGGUGGGAGCUUCCGGGCUGCUGCGAAUGUGACCAGCCAGAAUGGAAACAACAGUGCUGGAUACACAACCGCCGAUUGGCACGGCGGUGUAAAGAGUGGAGGGAUGAGGACUCACGCAGCUGUGAAUAUUGAUGGUAUGUACCUCAUGGGACGAAUACCACUUCAGAUCGACGCUGACCCAAAGGCAGAACGAGAGCGGUCCGGAUCCUACUCCCCCCAUCUGUCUCCUCACGAAGUCCAUCCGCACAUCGACGCGAACAACCAACACAGCAACUCUCCUCCGGCGCACGCAUUCAGUGGCCAAGCUCCUCAGUCUUCCACGGCCAUCGCCGGUCAGCAGUUGGGCAAGAAGGCCAUGGAGGACGCUCGACAAAGAGCCCAGUCAGCUAUUCUCAACUUGUGGCCCCUAGGUGUCCGCCACCAGGAUUAUAUCGACGAGGGUAUCGAUAAGGAUAUUGUCAAGGACCUCCUCACCGAGCUGAAACUAGAUCCUGGCACCUCAGGCCAGUCCACCAUUCCAGGUCUUCCGGCCACUACGCAUUCACCAGGUCUCUCCCAGUCGUAUGGCCAGUCCAGCUCGCAGCCCGUCAGUGCGCCUACGUCAGCAGCAAUCUCGAAACCUACGGAUCAGGCGCCGUCCACGGCGGCUAGGUCAGCUGGAGAAGAGAGGAAGGAUCGGAUCGCACGUCUAUUGGCAGCAAAGAGCGCAAAGUCCGCAUCUUCGACGACCAACAGCGGUGCGCAGGCUGUGGGUGCGAGCGACAAGACAGCUGUUCAACAACAGAAGCAAGAUGCCCUUCAAAAGUCACGCGAUGCUAGAGCCCAGAAAGCAGCGGAGCGCAAGGGAUCUUUUCAGGCCUCUCAGUCAAAGGAGGCAUCCCCAGCAUCACCGACCCGAAGACCCUCAUCGGCAACCGCUGCUACCCCGAUUGGCCCAUCCGCGACCCAACAAGCCCGGAAUGGUUUCUCCCAGCAAUCGGCUCCUCAAGCUGCUCCUGCAUCGACUAUUCCUGGUCUCUUCAUGUCCACUCCACAAUCUGCCGCUAUCAAUAACCAGCGGAAACGACCGGUUGCGGCUGACUUCGUGUCCAACUUGCAGGCCAACAAGCGCCCGUUCGGCCUCACACAACAAGACAAGCCCUUUGUCAUCGAUGUUAGCGACGCUUCUGACGACGAGGAUGUUGAGAUGGAAAUAGGGUCUCCGACUGACGAGCCAGCGAACAUACACCGUACCGACACGCCGUCUCGGAAGACGGCCUCUUUCCGUGACUUCCCCCCGCUUACAGAAGGCCUUCCCCAGCGCCAGCUCUCCAGCCCAGCCCCGAGCCAUGUCGCUACGCCUCAGUCUGGUGUCAUGGGUACUCAACCAAAGCAAGCGCAUAUUGACGUCAUGGACAAACAGAUUGAGGCCAUGAAGCGAAAGAUCGCUCUGGCCGAAGCCCGCGCCAGAUUAAAGGCUGCUAUGAACAGUCAGUCAGGUGGUCUGAAGUCUAAUGGACAAACACCAGACACCGCUCUUGAUUCGGAGACUGGCAAGCCAGGCAUGCGGCGAGUUCAAUCCAUGGGUGCAUCCAGUGCAUCUGAUCAACCCAACGGUCAGACGUCACCUGUGGUCGCCGAAGCCAGCAGUUCCAUGCGUUUGCCCAAGCCGUCAGACAAGCGUAUCGAGGGUGACUCAAGCCGCGCCCAAAAGCUCCGCGCGGUCAGCACCAACCUGCCACUUGUCGAGAAUCGACUGCAAGCGAAGAAGAGCAAGCUUCGUCUUCUUCAAUCCCAGAUGUCUCGUCUAGAAAAGGAGAUUGAAGAAGAGAUGGCGGAGAAACAGAAGUUGACAGAGGAAAUGGAACAGCUCGACCAGGACUCCGAUGAGUCGGGAGGUCCCCAAAAUCAGCUUAAGAGCAACUCUGUCGAUCCGGUUGUCACUCAGACGUCGACAGGCUCCCACUCCAAGGUGCAAAGCCCGUUGCCUGCCGCCGCCAUCGCCCUUGCGGAUCAGAGUGCCGGCAUGCCUACUUCGGCUUUCAACACCCCAGUCGUUCGCCCCGCCCAUUCCCCUUCAACGGAACAUGACAAGACAGCUUCUAUCCUCCACGAGAAGUCGCGGCCACUGAUUCCUGCCAACCACGAGGUGUUGGGUGAUGACGAAGAGUCGCGACCUGCUACAAGUGAUAAUGCUUCUGAUGUUGUCAUGGGCGAGUCUGAUGAUUCGAGUUCUGAGCAAGACCGAGAGCAAUCUCCAGAUGUCUACGAGCCCCCUGAGAAUACCACUGCCACCAUGGCCACAAAGUCUCCAUCCAUUAGCCCAGUCGCGGGGGAUAGCACUGUCUCGCUGGUCAAUAGUGAAACUGACUUGCAGCAAACAAGUUCUAGAGCCUCACCAAUUCCAGAGCAGAUCUCUCUAGGAGUCAACGAGUCAACUCCCGAGCGGGGAGGCGGUGCCGUCCCUCCCGUUGCGCAGAGCACUGUUGAGUCUUCGACUGGCGACCGCUUCACCCCUUACGAGAGUCCGCUUCAGUAUUUCCGUGCUUACCGAUUUCAUCCCAAAUUUGCUGAAACCGUCCCUGGCGGGCUUCGGUCCCUCACCUACAGCAACAGGAUCGAUCCGAACCUCCCCAUCUGCCCAGAUCAGCUGGCCAGGCGCGACUGUCCGAGGGGUGCUGACUGCAUUUACCAGCAUUUCGAGUCCAUGAAGCUGCCGGACGACCAAAUCCUCCUCCAGCUUGGCGGUACUACACUCGAAGGGCCUGAAAAGGCAAAGUUUAACGAGGGGUUGCGGAAGCUGCUCCAAGAAAUGAGAUCGCAGAACAUCAAGGACUUCCCCAGCAUUGCACAGGGCAUUGUCGACUAUCGCAAUCGCUUCACCGGCGAUCCGUCAAAGAUCCUGCCACUUGGCAACGUAUCGAUCUAG